ACCGCGUCGUACCCCUUUACCCCGCCGCGAUGCACUUCCAAUGCAACUCACUCCUAUGACCGAUGCACGACUGACAGUUCCCCUCGCGACAACCGACGGAGACGUGCACACGGCUAACCUCUUCUCGGACAAGCCUUCUAACCUGUUGCGCCCGUCAUCCACCCGGUGCCCGGUGUAGUGCAGUGAACUGUGCGUCUGGCAUGGACGGUCGGUGUUAGGAUGUCCGACUCGCAGGAAUACGACAGCAAGAUGGACGUGAACGCGUCGAGCACGUCGGCCUCGCCGAGGACGCCGCCCAACUGCGCCCGCUGCCGGAACCACCGCAAGAAGAUCGCCCUCAAGGGCCACAAGCGCUACUGCAUGUACCGCACGUGCAAGUGCGAGAAAUGUCGAUUGACCUCCGAGCGCCAGAGGGUGAUGGCCAUGCAGACGGCGCUCCGGAGGGCCCAGGCCCAGGACGAGGCCAUGCUGAGGAGCGCCACCAGCGCCGAGGAUUUGAUGCGUAUCGCGCAGAAGAGCCCGCCGCUGAUACCGGCUAUGGAGCGCAGCCUCGAUUGCGACUCUUCGGCUUCCUCGCAAUGCUCCAACUCGCCCUCCUCGGUGGCCAGGAAGAUGACCACGGCGACGGCCAUACCGUCGACCACCACCGCUACUAGUAUAGGCACGGUGGCUGACUGCCAUCCACCCUACAACCCGGAAUAUAAAGUUCACCAAAGUACAGACCUGCUGGAGGACUGCCAGAAGCUGUUGGAGAGGUUCAAGUACCCCUGGGAGAUGAUGCCCCUGAUGUACGCCAUCCUUAAGGACGCCAGAGCGGACCUGGAGGAAGCUUCUAGGAGGAUUGAUGAAGGCAAGCGCGUGGUCAACGAAUAUUCCAGGAUGCACAACCUCAACAUGUACGACGGCGGGGAGCUGCGGAAUUCGACCCGUCAGUAUGGAUGA